AUGUCCCUUGUCAUUCUAUCAUUCAAUCAGUUACCCGUUGAAAAAGCAACGACAAUCUUAUACAAGAAAAUACGUGGCCUUAAAUCGCAAUUGCCAACGGCCAAAAAGAGAAGGAAAUGGGGAAGAGGAUGUCAUAAGGACAAAUCUCAAUUGGAAUCAGUCGAGUGGACUCAUCGAUCAGUAACGGUAGGAAGGAGAGUGUGGAGAUAUGCUGCACCAUCUUACUACACUGAGGCACCCCAAUAUUACACCACAAAGGCUGUUGAAUACUACACAACUAAAGCCCCGGAGUACUAUACCAAGAAAGCUGAAUACUACACCACUACUUACGCUGUCCCUGUUUACUACACUGAGGCUCCCAAGUACUAUCCGGCUCCGACCUACUACCAAAGUGAAGAGCCACAGUACUACACCACCAAGGCACCUGAAUACUACACCACAUCAUAUGCCACUCCUAGCUACUAUACAGAGGCUCCAAAAUACUACACUACAAAGGCGCCCGAAUACUACACCACCACUUAUGCGGCUCCCAGCUAUUACACUGAGGCUCCAAAGUACUACUCUGCCCCAAGCUACUACACUGAAGCAGCUCCAAAAUACUAUUAGAGGCCAAGUUUUUUUAAAGCGCUGAACAUUUCAUCUCCCAUAUUUAUUCGUUCAUCACAGUCGUUCUUGAAGUAUAACAUUAAUGUCAAAUGAUAUGUUUCAUACAAAAAUGUUCUCGUUAA